CUCCGCCGCCGCGCUCGCUCCACGCUCCGCCACCGCGCGUCCGCUGGCCCCGCAACUUCACCCGGCGCCGCGGCAGCUGGAGCGACGCCCGAGCGCUGGGGCCACGACUGUCACCCGCGGCCCUUUCCCUGUCGCCUGGAGGAGCGGGCGAGCAGCGGCUGUCGGCGGAGCCGGAGCUACAGGGCAGCGAGGGGCGGCGCGAGGGUGCCGAGGUGGUACAUGCCACCCGGCACUAAGCGUCUCCGGGCACCGGGAGCGUUCUUUGCAAGACUGCCAACCAGACUCCCAGAAAUCAUGCUGGUGGGAUCCCAGUCCUUCUCGCCUGGAGGGCCCAAUGGCAUCAUCCGGAGCCAGUCCUUCGCGGGUUUUAGCGGCCUGCAGGAGAGGCGGUCCAGAUGUAACUCCUUCAUUGAAAACGCCUCUGCUCUCAAGAAGCCUCAGGCCAAGCUGAAGAAAAUGCACAAUUUAGGACACAAAAAUAACAACACUCCCAAAGAGCCUCAGCCGAAGAGAGUAGAGGAGGUCUACAGGGCCUUGAAAAAUGGACUCGAUGAGUACCUGGAGUUUCACCAGACGGAGCUGGACAAGCUGACCACUCAGCUAAAGGACAUGAAAAGAAACUCUCGCCUGGGUGUGCUGUAUGACCUAGACAAGCAAAUCAAAACGAUUGAGAGAUACAUGCGACGGCUGGAGUUCCACAUCAGUAAGGUCGACGAGCUUUAUGAAGCCUACUGUAUCCAACGGCGCCUCCAAGAUGGUGCCAGCAAAAUGAAGCAAGCAUUUGCGGCAUCCCCCGCCAGCAAGGCUGCCCGGGAGAGUCUGUCGGAGAUUAACCGCAGCUACAAGGAGUACACGGAGAACAUGUGCACCAUUGAGGCGGAGCUGGAGAGUCUGCUGGGAGAAUUCUCCGUCAAGAUGAAAGGUCUGGCUGGCUUUGCUCGCCUCUGUCCCGGAGACCAGUAUGAAAUUUUCAUGAAGUAUGGCCGGCAGAGGUGGAAACUGAAGGGCAAAAUAGAAGUGAACGGUAAACAGAGCUGGGAUGGAGAAGAAACGGUCUUCUUGCCCCUCAUAGUUGGGCUCAUUUCCAUCAAGGUCACAGAACUCAAAGGACUGGCAACUCACAUCCUGGUAGGCAGUGUGACCUGCGAGACCAAAGAGCUGUUUGCAGCCCGACCCCAGGUGGUGGCUGUUGACAUCAAUGACCUCGGUACCAUCAAGCUGAACCUGGAAAUCACCUGGUACCCCUUUGAUGUGGAGGACACAACCCCAUCAUCGGGCCCCGGGAACAAGACAGCCGCUCUCCAGCGGAGGAUGUCCAUGUACAGCCAAGGCACCCCCGAAACACCUACCUUCAAAGACCACUCCUUCUUCAGAUGGUUGCGGCUGUCUGUCUUGAGUGCCUUGCGAGACACUUUCUUUGCCACGCUGCACCACAACCACUCUGUGGGUGACCUGCCUUCCCUCAGCCUGAACCCCAAGGCCCUGCUAGAAUUCUAUUCAAAUCUGCCAGAUGACAUCUUCGAAAGUGGAAAGGCAGCGGAGGAGAAAAGGCCACUGUCCCUCAGCUUUAGUGACCUGCAGGACGGAGACUGUGUCUUCACCUCCAGCUCAGCCACCUCCCCCUCCAGCUCACACUCAGCCCAUCCAGAGAUCACCAUCACCCCCGCUGAGCUCCCCCGGGGCAGCCUGUCCUCACAGAAUGAGGGCACGGAGGACAGCAGCAGUUCAGCAUCUUCCAGGCAUUCCCUGGGGGAGGACCAGGAGCCGAAGUCCCACGCCAAGAGUGAUAUGGUAGAGCUCAGGAAGUCCAGUGUGGUUGCAGGGUCCCGGGCAGAGAGCCUGUUCCUGGAGAAUAGUGUUGCCGAGGCUCUCCUGCAGGAGACAGAUGAGGCCUCUGAGCUCAAGCCUGUGGAGCUGGACACUUUUGAAGGAAACAUCACAAAGCAACUAGUGAAGAGGCUCACCUCGGCCGAGGGGCCCAUCACCACGGAGAAGCUUGUCUUUGAAGGCUCUGUCGGUAGCGAAUCUGAAGCUGGCCGGUCCUUUCUCGACGGCAGCCUGGAAGAUGCCUUCCAUGGACUCUUCCUGGCAUUAGACCCACACAAGGAGCAGUACAAAGAGUUCCGGGAUCUGAACCAAGAAGUCACGCACUUGGAUGAUGUCCUCAAAUGCAAGCCGGCAGGCAGCCGCAGCAGAUCCUCCAGCCUCAGUCUGACGGUUGAGAGUGCGUUAGAAAGCUUUGAUUUCCUCAACACCUCUGACCUUGAUGAAGAGGAAGAGGACGGGGAUGAGGCCUGCCACGUUGGAGGAGGAGGAGCAGACUCCGUGUUUUCAGACACUGAGACCGAGAAAACUGGUUACAGGUCAGUUCACCCGGAAGCCAGGGGCCACCUUAGCGAAGCUCUGACUGAAGACACAGGCGUAGGGACCAGUGUGGCAGGGAGCCCGCUCCCUCUGACCACAGGAAACGAGAGUCUGGACCUCACCAUUGUCAAACAUCUACAGUACUGCACCCAGCUCGUUCAGCAAAUCGUCUUCUCCAGCAAAACCCCCUUUGUGGCACGAAGUCUGCUGGAGAAGCUAGCGAGGCAGGUCCUGGUGAUGGAGAAGCUGGCUGCAGUGAGCGACGAGAACCUUGGGAACAUCACCUCUGUGGUGGAAGCCAUCCCGGAAUUCCACAAAAAGCUGUCCUUACUGUCUUUCUGGACCAAGUGCUGCAGCCCGAUGGGGGUCUACCACAGCUCUGCCGACAGAGUGAUCAAGCAGCUGGAGGCCAGCUUCGCCCAGACUGUCAACAAAGACUAUCCAGGACUGGCAGAACCAGUGUUUAGAACCCUGGUGUCCCAAAUCCUGGACUGCUCGGAGCCUCUGCUUUCCUCCAGCCUCUCCUCAGAAGUCAUCACUGUGUUUCAGUAUUACAGCUUCUUUACCAGCCAUGGUGUGAGUGACCUGGAGACUUAUCUGAGCCAGCUGGCCAGGCAAGUUGCCAUGGUUCAGACCCUGCAGUCCCUGAGAGAUGAGAAACUGCUGCAGACGAUGAGCGACUUCACACCCAGCAACCUCCCGGCCCAACAGGAAGUCCUCAGGACCCUGGCUCUGCUGCUUACCAGAGAUGACAAUGAGGUCAGCGAGGCUGUGACACUCUACUUGGCAGCAGCCUCCAAAAACGAGCACUUCAGAGAAAAGGCCUUGCUCUAUUAUUGUGAAGCAUUAACAAAGACCAAUCUCCAGCUACAGAAGGCAGCCUGCCUGGCACUAAAGAGCCUGGAGGCCACAGAAAGCAUUAAAAUGCUAGUGACACUGUGUCAGUCUGACACUGAAGAAAUCAGAACCGUGGCCUCGGAAACCCUCCUGUCUCUUGGAGAAGACGGGCGGCUGGCAUAUGAACAGUUAGACAAAUUCCCACGAGACUGUGUUAAAGUCGGAGGUCGUCACGGAACCGAAGUUGCCACGGCCUUUUAAAUUUCACUUCAGCACUGCCUGACUGCUGUCCUGAUGCCUGGCCCUGGCAUCACGAGGGUGCUGUGGUGUGGCCAGACAGCCCCUGGAACUCGCAGAGCGCUGCUGCUGCUGCUGCUGCUGGUGCCGGUAUAGGGAUCUCAAAGUCCAGCUGCGCUGUACCAUCUACUUUUCCUUGGCCCCCACAACGGGGCUGUGUGUAACUCACCAGACCACAUCAUAGUUGUGUCUCACAGCACUUCAGCGUCCGUCUUACUUUACUGUGGAAUUUGAAAAUAGCCAUUUUUGUACCCGUGUGGAAGUUCAUCUGUAAGCGUUCGUGCACCGUUUGGAUAAGUAUCAUAUGCCUUGUCGCUUUCCUGCUGUGGUCUCCAGGUUGAGUGGUCCUUUAGCUACCUACUUCUACUUUAAAAACAGAGCACAAAAAGGAAGUUCUUCAAAUGAAGGUUUUCUUAGAGAACCUGACCAAACGAUCAAUUAUAAGAGACUGGGUUUCGGAGCUGAGGCUGGAGCUCCCCUGGUAGGGUGCUUGCCCAGCAUGCACGAAGCUUGGGUUCAUCUCCAGCUCUGCAGAGGCUGGGUGUGCCGCUCGUGUAAGCUCGGUGCUCAGAAAGUGGAGGAAGUAGGAUCACAAGUUCAAGGUCAUCUCCAGCUACCUAAGGAGUCCCCAGGGCAACCUGAUGCAGGAAGCUAUGGGGGUGGGGAUCCUAAGUUUUAUAUUUUAUAUCUUAAUUUUUUAUAGUUCCUACUACUUGUUUCAUUUUUCCAUCCUGAGAAUUUCCAUAUCAUCUAUCCACACAGUUUAAAAGAUUAAUUGAAAAACACUGCUUAAGAUUGGACCUAUACUAUUAAAAGUAAAUGAAAACCUUGAAGCUUAGAGGCUUUUGUUCUUUAACAAAAACCAUCUUUAUCACUCCUGGUUUUUUAUUGUUGUUUGGUUUUUGUUUUAUCUUGAGAUAGAGUUUCCCUGUUGCAGUCCCGACUGGCCUGGAACUCGAUAUAUAGAACAGCCUGACCUUGAACUUGCAACAGUUCCCCAGCCUCUGCCUCCAGAGCUGGGCUCAGGCACAAGCCACUAGGCCUGGUCCCAUAUAAUAUUUUUUUUUCUCCUAAGACAAAUACAAACCCCAAAGUUGUAGGUUCAGAAAGAUGUUCCUUCAGGUGGGAACCUGGGCUUUGGAUGAGUCCUAACCAGGUAGAAUAGCGGGGUACUGAAAGUGGUCCCUGCUUCUAUAAAAUUGGCCAUGAGACUAGGAAGCGCCUGGCCUUGAGAGAUAGAAACCACCUCACAGUUUCAACAGCAACUCAGAACCGGCGUGGAGAUUCAGCCAUUUGCUGAAGGGGUGGGUAUGCCGAGUCGUGACAACAGGAUGUAUGAGUGCAAUUUGAACUGUAUUCUCAAUGUGUUUGUAUAAAAUACCAAUUAGAUAUUAGGUUCAAUAUUUACACUUUAGCAAGCCUUUAAAAGGGUUCAUUUCAUUUUAAAGUGAAAUUUGUUUGCCAGGUUUCUGGCAACAUAUUCUUUCAACUGUGAAGUUCCACUGUACAUAUUUGUAUAUUUGUAAAUGUUAUACAUAUGCAUAUAUCCCUCAUUUUAAAGGUACACUGUACAGUUAUAGUAUGUAUAGGCUAUACUCUUUGUUAACUGGUUGAAAUGUCUCUUUUAUAGAAAGUCAAAUUACAGCUAUUCCAGGGACUUUGUUUGGUUUGUUUGAGAUUUGGACCUUUUUGACUAUUGCAUGGAUAAUUAAUUUCACGUCUUUUGUAUUCACUUCUGUGUUUUAGUUUUAGUUGGGGAAGUGCUUUUCAUUUUGUGGUAUUUGUAUUCAUCACUCUUUCCAUCAUGUAAGUCAAAAUAAAAAUUAUUUUUAAUUACUA